AUGGUGCCCUGUGCGGAAAUGAAGAACGAGAUGUGCUUCGCCCUGUUCGAUAAACGCCCUAUCGUACGAGAAAUUGAGGCAGUGCCAUCAUUUGAUACCGGUAGCGACCACAGAUUAGUGAGGAUGAGGGCAACGUUCGAGAAGAAAAUCAAGAGCAAGGUGCUGCAGAUGGAAAAUCACAUGCAACAACCGAAGGCAUUGGGCGAUGUAGUGGGACAACCGCACAUUUCCAACGAAGUCUGA